AUGACUCUGCCACUGUCAAGGACAGACUAUACAGCUGUAGGUGUCACAUCUAGGGGAACCACCAAGGUCUUCCCUGCCACAGAACACAGGCAAACUCAAAAAUUUGCUGUUGCUGACCAUGAUGGCGUACUUCAUGUCUAUGGUAUAAAGAAAGGAGAGCUACAAGUUUCAUUUAAGUCCUUACCAGGACCAAGGAUUAACAAAUUAGUUCUUGGGGGUACUGGACAUGAUAAGAUUUACAUUGCACAAGGAAACACAGUGAAGGGGUAUACCAAGAAAGGAAAAUUGUUCUUGGAAUUUGAUACAAACCUUAUAGAUCCUAUUUCAGCACUAUAUGUGCUGGGUCCAAAUUUGGCAGCAUGUGCAAGAGAUCUUUACCAUAGAUACCAUGAUUGCAAAGAUGCUGAUUCCUAUUUAGCUGGUGAAACUUUAUAUGACAUUGUCCUCCUACCUACUGAUGGCAAUUUCAUGUUUGCUAUACUAGCUUGUGGAGAUUGUGCUAUACGAGUCCUUCAUGGCACCAAAACCCCAGCAAUCCUCAGACUUCCAAGUGUGCCCACAGUAUUAUCUCUCUAUAGGUUUCUAAGUUUUCUAAACUAUUUUCAUAUUACUUUGUUUAUAUUUCCCAAGUGUCUUUCAAGUAUUUUUUAUAGGGAAGGUGAUCUUGAAUCUAAAGAACGUGUUCUGGUUGGAACUAUAGAUGGCAAAGUGGGUUUGCUGAUCCUUCACGGUAACAAAACACUGAGGAUCACUUGGCUUUUGAAUAUGACAGGCUCAGAAGUGACUUCUUUAGAUACUUAUGAACUACAGGAUGGUCUAGAUAUACUUAUUGGCAGACAGGACGGUACCGUUGAAGUAUAUACUUUUCCUGAAGAAGAUAUGUUGCCUUUUCUGCGGUAUCGUUAUAAUGCCAAGGAAAGCAUCAGUUCAGUGGUAGGAGGAAUAAUUGGUGCAGCAGGGUAUCCUGAAGUGUUAGUCACCACAUAUUCAGGACGAAUAUUUGGCUUGACUACUAAGCCUCCUGGACUACUAGAAGCUGACCAGAAUGAUGGUUUGACCAAGUUAAAGGCAGAGAUAGAACAAUUACAGGAAAAGCUUAAGGAAGAAAAAGAAGCAGCUAGUUUUUCAGUUGAUCCUUUAGCACCAUUGAUUCUAUCUGUAAAUCAUAGAAUGAUUUUAAACAGAGAAGAUGCAUCAUAUUCUCUUUCCAUAGAACUUGAUACACCUAUUGAUAACAUUUUGAUACAAUCAGAUACUCCAAUUGAAUUAUUGGAUGUGGAAAGUAACAGUGCAGUAGUUAGUCUGUCUACUUGUAAUCCUAGAGAAGGCAAUUUUGUUCUUGCUACCUAUCGUUGUCAAGUAAAUACUAAUCAUCUUGAAAUGAGGCUAAGGACAAUAGAAGGACAGCCUGGUACUUUACAGAUUUACGUCACUUCACAAGUACAACCAAAAUGUUGUCGCAAAAUAUCAAUACCCAUAUCUGCUCUUUCUCUUCAUGUAAGACAGCACGAAGCCGAUAACUCGGAAACUCACGUUGAAGGACCCUUUAAUGAACUGAAAUUAAUUGGAGGUUUUACUGUUGCAGAAAUGCAUGCAUGGCUUUCUUUCGCGUUAUCAGAUGUGCCGGAGAGACCUCAUUUGGAGGAAGGAGAAGCUACUUUGACAUAUGUCUCAUCUUUCAUUGGAACCCUCCUAAAAUGCAAAUACAAAAAAGGAAGUGCAAUUUUCCUAGGAGAGAAUAUAUCAAGCAUCAUAAUUCUCAGAGACAUAUUAACCAGGGAGGCAACAAAAAGAAAAAUCAAAUUAGACGUUUUCUGUGGUAUGUUAUAUAUCCAUCACAAUAUGAAUUACUAUUUCCUUUUUAAGAUUUCUUCUCUUAUUCCGUAUUUCUGCAUAGAUGUUUCUGAUGGUAGUAUAUCCAGAGUAUUGGAAUUAAUUUUUCCACAAUUAAAUGCUGCUCAUGACCUAAUUACAAAAGUAAAGAUUUUGAAUGCUCUGGAGGAAUGGGAGUUGAAGGAAAAUCCUAAAGAAAAUCUGUGCUCAGAGUAUCAGGAAUUGAUACAGAAGGAAUCAGAGAUCAAAUCCCAAAUGGCAAAGGACAAUGAAAUAUUGGAGAGGCUACAUGCAGUAAUUACAGAUCUCUAUGUUGAUUGGGAAAGAGCGAAACGUUCUCGUAGAAUCGGUAACAAAGACGUUGCGGAGAAGCUCAGCGCAGCCCUUAAGUCCAGAGAAUUAGCUCAAGUUUUACAAGCUUUUAUCGACACGAGUAACACGGUACCUCCACCAUCCUUGUAUAAAGAUUGAGCUAACACCGCUUCUUUUUCUC